UCUCCUCCACUUUCCUUUCCUCGUGGUCCGGUCUCGAAGGCCUCUUCCUUCCUUCUUGCACUCGCAGCUAGUCUGUCUCUGUUGUUCUUCCUGCAGCGACUCCACAGCUAGUUCUGUGUCAUCGGCCGUUCAGCACUAUCAAACUCGUUCACUUUUGAUCAGCUCAGUGUUGAACACUCCUCGUUGUUGACUUCCCCAAGAUGGUCUACUUUGCCUCCAAGUUCAUCGUCGUCGCCUUGGCUGGCUUCGCCGCCGCCGCCCCGCUCCGCCUCACCCGCCGCGCGUUCCAAGAACAGGAUUACGCUGACUUCCAGAUCUCCGACGGCACCGCUGGUAAUGCGCAGGCCGAGGCUAAUGCUGUCUUUGUCGACCCCUUCGAUGGUGUCGAUCUGGCCACCGUUGACGACGCCACGCUCAAGGCCGUCCAAACCAUGCGCGAGGCCGCCGAGUCCGCGGAGACGGACCAGUUCAAUCCUCAGAUCGACGCCGCAUCUGGCGAUGAGGCUACCGCCCUCCAGAAUGGCAAGAUCAAGAACAAGGUCCUCAAGCUUACUGGAGAGAUCCAGGCGCUGAACAUUCAGCUCGCACAGGCCCAGGCGUCAGGCGAUGACACGUCCUCUAUCCAGAGCAAGAUCUCCGAGGAGCAGACUAAGCUUAACAACAACAUUUCGCUCGACCAGAAGGCGUCCGGCCAGCCCUCCAAGGGUGUCACCGGCGGCUCCGCUGCGUCCUCAUCGGAUUCGUCUGCCGCCGCAUCUGCGUCCGAUUCGGCUUCAGCUGCAGCCUCCACAACGUCUGCGGCCUCGGCGACUAAGACCAAGGCCGCCAAUACCAAGUCGGCUAAGGCAUCGAAGGCCACCUCGUCUGCUGCCGUCGCCACCCCCUCCGCUCCUGUUGACGCUGCCACUGGCACCGACGGCUCGUCGAUCAGCUUCCCCGUUCAGGACUACGCCGCCUUCCAGAUCUCCGAUGGCACCGCCGGCAGCGCCCAAGAGCACGCAAACGCUGUCUUUGUCGACCCCUUUGCCGGCGUUGACCUCGCCACGGUCGACGACUCCAUCGUAGAGAACAUCAACACGAUGCGCGAGGCGGCCGAGUCGGCCGAGACCGACCAGUUUAACCCCGCGAUCGACGCGGCGUCCGGCGCGGAUGCGGACGCGCUCCAGAACGGCAAGAUCGCGAAUAAGGUGCUCAAGCUCACGGGCGAGGUCCAGGCGCUGAACAUCAAGAUCGCGAAGGCCCAGGCUGCGGGCUCGGACACGUCUGACCUUGAGAGCUCCCUGGCUGAUGAGCAGAAGAAGCUUACCACCAACAUCGCCACCGACCAGAAGCACGCUGGUGAGGCCCAGAAGGGCGUCGCGUAAGCUGUGUUGUGGACUUUGCGGUGUCAUUGGCGGUGGAUCCCUAGCUAUAGCUGUGAUUUUCUUUGAUCAUUCGCUCUCGCUGCACAGAACAACUAGUUGUACCGUUAGCUCACUCGUUUUUGCAAAUUCUAUCGGAUACGGAG